UAAGGAACACAGCUCUACUGCGGGAGGAGCAGGUGAGGCCAGUGCCGAACCAUUAUUUCGCGCAGCGGGUUUGGGAUGCUGCCGGAGAGGGGGCCGAAGAGCUCAAGGCAUUCUCCAGGAAGUUGAACGCGCUGCUGAUGCUUGGCCCGGCACCUGGAGCAGGGUUGCUGGUGGGUUUCCUAGCCGGGGCUUGGCGCCUCAUCUCCGAGUCAUGGAGCUCCCAUUUCUGAUCUUCUCACCUGGGACUCGGUAACCUGAUACUUCACCAGAGUGCAUCCGAGAAAGCUGCACCUCUGAACUGGGCCUCCAGCCUGGCGUUCCUGGAUCUUCUCACACCCACCAUGAAUACGUCCCAUUUCCCAGCCUCCCUGUUCCUGGAUCUCCUCAUACCCACCAUGAACACCUCCCAUCUCCCGGCUUCCCUCUUCCCAGAGUUCCUACAGGGUAAGAAUGGGACCAAUCCUUUGGGUUUCCUCUACAACUUCUCUGAUGGCUGCCAGGAUUCGGUGGACCUGUUGGUCUUCAUCAUCACCACCUAUAGCAUUGAGACCAUCUUGGGGGUCCUGGGAAACCUCUGCUUGAUAUAUGUGACCACAAGGCAGAAGGAAAAGUCCAACGUGACCAACGUGCUCAUUGCCAACCUGGCCUUCUCUGACUUCCUCAUGUGCCUGAUAUGCCAGCCACUCACAGCCACCUACACCAUCAUGGACUACUGGAUCUUCGGUGAGGUCCUUUGCAAGAUGUUAACUUUCAUCCAGUGUAUGUCGGUGACAGUCUCCAUCCUUUCGUUGGUCCUCGUGGCCUUGGAGAGGCACCAGCUCAUCAUCCAUCCAACGGGCUGGAAGCCCAGCGUUUUCCAGGCUUACCUGGGGAUUAUGAUCAUCUGGUUCAUUUCUUGCUUCCUGUCCUUGCCCUUCCUGGCCAACAGCAUCCUGAGUGACCUCUUCCACCGCAACCACUCUAAGGCGGUGGAGUUUUUGGAGGACAAGGUGGUCUGCAUUGUGUUCUGGCCCUCAGACCAUCACCGCCUCAUCUACACCACCUUCCUGCUGCUCUUCCAGUACUCUGGCCCUCUGGUCUUCAUUCUGGUCUGCUACGUACGCAUCUACCAGCGUCUGCGGAGGCAGAGGCAGGUGUUCCGCAGGGACACUUGCGGCUCACGAGUGGGGCAGAUGAAGCGGAUCAAUGGCAUGCUCAUGGCGAUGGUGGCUGCCUUUGCAGUGCUCUGGCUGCCCUUGCAUGUGUUUAACACCCUGGAGGACUGGUACCAAGAGGCCAUACCUGCUUGCCAUGGCAACCUCAUCUUCUUGAUAUGCCACAUGCUUGCCAUGGCUUCCACCUGUGUUAACCCUUUUAUCUACGGCUUUCUCAAUACCAACUUCAAGAAGGAUGUCAAGGCCCUGGUGCUGACCUGCCACUGCAGGUCACCCAGAGGGGAGUCUGAGCAUCUGCCCCUGUCCACUGUGCACACGGACCUCUCCAAAGGAUCUCUGAGGCUGGGAAGCAAGUCUAACUUCAUAUAGUCCUGCCUAGGCUUUUCCCUGCUGUUUUCUUUUGACAGACUCUUUCACUUAGCCAAGUAGACACAUUGCAAGCUGGGCUAGUAUCCUGCUAUUUUUGGCAUUGGGAAUCCAGAUAGGCUAGCAAAAGACUUGAAUUUUGGCAUCCAGACUGUUUAGCCACUUGCUUCUGGGAGAAUUUUGAGUCCAGAUUCUGCAGAUCAUACAGUGAACUUUGUACUUGAGCUUCAGGGUAUUACAGUCAGAGAUGGUGGACUCUUAAUGCCACUCAGCACAGAUGCCUGGCCUAUAAACCUUCAUCCACAUCCUGAGUGUUCAUCUAACUUGCACGGGCUAUGUUUUAUGCUCUUUGAAGGGAUGCUGGGGGUCCCAGUAGCCUUUGACAGAGGCAGAUUCAUAGAAACAGUUUCAGGGGUUUGGGAGUCUGUUUAAUGAAAUACUUGCUGAAAGGAACAGGGCUACAAUGAAUGUGACUCUGUCAUCUAUGGGGGUCAAAGUUCAGUGUCUCUCCUGGCUGCUGAACUGGGUUCGUGGCAUCCUCAAUGUGUGAACUAGACAGCUUGUCCUUAGAAAGAAGGAAAUGCCAAGAUUGCUCUUGGCCCACAUCAGACUGGAUAUUGAGGCUUAUUUCUGUCUGUGUAUUCCAAUAAAGUGAAUAUACUAGUCCCAAGAGAGACUGUCCACACACUGAGCAGAGUCUGGUAGGCUUUCUGGACUUGGUCCCUUACCAAGCAUAUGUGCAACUGACAUCCAGGACAGGUGCUUUUGGCCACCACUUCCUGCUAGCUUGUCUCAGCUUUUGAUCACACCUCCAGUUUAUCUCCUUUGUUCUUGGAUUAUGAGAUUUGUUUUCUUUUAUAUUUUUGAAAUGGGAUCUUACUAUGUAUUCUAGGCUGGCCUAAAGCUCCUACCAAGCCUCGUGUACUGAUUAAAGCUGAACCCAUCACACACAUAGUGAGAGAUGAGUGAGGCUCUCUUCUCUGUGGCUGUUGCUUAUUAUCUCAAGUUACUGACUUUGAGCAAAGCUCAGAUUUCAGGCCCACCCUGGCAAGGUGUGUCCAAACUGCACACAUGCACACCAGACACUUGCACAGACACACAUGCAUACACACACACACACACACACACACACACACACACACACCAAGCAAGCAAAAAUCUGAGGCCUCAGACUUCUUUGGAUACUGUUCUGGUUCCUGGAAUUUUUGCUUAUAUUAAUAAUAAUUCAUUAAUUAGGCUCAAUGGGGCCAAGGUGCCAAUGGCUCAGAUUAGGUAUUAAGUGAAGGUAUUAGGAAUUGGGAUGCUAUGUAGAAGCUCCUCUGAGUGUCUUCCUGUUUUCCUCCCACCUUGGUUAGGAUGACAUUAGCCUAUCCAGAUGACUGUCUCCUGAUCCUGGUGUCUAAUGGCCCUUGAGAUAUCUUGAUUAACAGCAUCCUUGAUGUUUACCAACUUAAGCAUAUUCUGAAGACCAGCAGCCCUGGUACCUGGUCUGAGGUUAGGUGUUGGGGGCUGUUAGACAUGCCGUCUUCAUUGCAGAUGUGUUGAAUAUGAAUCUACAUUUGGCCAGAACAUGUAGGUUAAUUGUAGGCACACUGAAGUCAGGAAGCUUUACUCUUAGAAACAAGUCAUUCUGGGGCAUGAGGUUGUUGGGUGAAAACCUGCAAAUGUACACUCUAGGCUCUGAAGCAGAUCCAUGUUCUGAACAUCUCUUUAAAUGUUGAAUUGCCGAUAAGAUAAGCUCUGUUUUGGCUAUCGUUUCUCUGGCUGCAUGUGGACAUAUUUCUUGUGAAACUUUUUCAGUAUUUCAAUAAAUA